GCUGUGUGAGUAACAAGGAAGGGGGAGAGUUAUUGAUGCGAUUCGCGCGUGUGACCGGUCCCCGCAAUCAUUACGUUUACGAUUAUUGCGCGGUAGAUUGAGUUUAAUCGAUCCAAAAGUUACUUCUUCAACAGAUUGAAACAAAUAGAAAAAAUAGGUAACAAAAUUAUACAGCACAAAUCCUAGUUGCUUUUGUCCUCGGACUAGCAGCAGAAAUGUGUUUAAGGUAAAGGAUUCAUAGUUAAAAUCAAAAUGUCACUGUGGGCAAAAGCACAGCAAUUACCACAAGAAGCAUUGCAAGAAGUACGUUCAGUUUAUGGAGAACACUUUCCGAUAGAGGUACGACAUUUUUUAUCUUCUUGGAUAGAAGAAAAGAUCUGGACUGAUGUCGAACCUGAUAACCCACAAUAUGAACAAUACAUAGCUACACUUGUUAGAUCUCUAAUACAGGAAUUAGAAACUAAAGCAGCUUCUUUAAAUACAGAUGACAUGUUUUUAACAAAACUAAAAUUAAUGGAAGCUGCAAAAAAUUUUCGUCAGAAAUAUGCACAUAAUCCUGCAGCAUUAUUUAGAAUAAUUAGACACUGUUUAGGAAUAGAAAUGAAAUUAGUAGCUCAAGUAGAGAAUUUGGGAGGUGCUUUAAUGACUAUGGCAGGAGGAAAAGUAGGGUUAAUUAGUGAUGCUGUUGCUGAAAUAGCCCAACAUGUUGAGUCUCUGAGACGUAGAACCCAAGAAACUGGAGAAGAUUUACGAAAAAUGGAGCAAGAACAAGAAGCAUUUGCUCUUAGUUAUCAUGAGUGUACUAAAUUAAAUGCUCAUCUUCAGCAUCUUGCAACGCAGCCACAAAAUCAACAAAAUUUGGAUAUGGAGAAAAAAAUUAGAAGGCAAAAGGAACAGCAAGAACAAUUACUAAACCAUAAAGUAGCAGGUUUAAUGCAAUUACGAUUGACAUUAGCUGACAAACUGAAAGAUACUAUUACCAGAUUAAAUGGUUUGCAAUCAAGAGUCUUAGAUGAUGAACUUAUUAGAUGGAAAAGAGAUCAGCAAUUGGCAGGGAAUGGUGCACCAUUUAAUAGUAAUUUAGACUCUAUUCAAGAAUGGUGUGAAAGUUUAGCUGAAUUAAUUUGGCUUAAUCGUCAACAAAUUAAAGAAGCAGAACGUUUAAAACAAAAAUUUGCACUUGAACCACCAGGAAUGCAAGAUAUUCUUCCUACCUUAAACUCUCAAAUUACGCAGCUCCUCAGUUCAUUAGUUACAAGUACAUUUAUCAUAGAAAAACAACCACCACAAGUUAUGAAAACUAAUACUCGUUUUACAAGUACGGUACGCUUACUUGUUGGUGGAAAAUUAAACGUUCAUAUGAAUCCACCUCACGUAAAGGUGAGCAUUAUUAGCGAAGCUCAAGCAAAUGCUUUAUUAAAAAGUGAUAAAAUGGCAAAAAAUGGGGAAGCUAGCGGUGAAAUUUUAAAUAAUACAGGAACAAUGGAGUAUCAUCAAGCAACAAGGCAACUCUCUGUAAGUUUCCGUAAUAUGCAGCUGAAAAAAAUCAAAAGAGCAGAAAAGAAAGGAACAGAAUCUGUGAUGGAUGAAAAAUUUUCACUCCUCUUUCAAUCACAAUUUAGCGUUGGAGGAGGUGAAUUGGUAUUCCAGGUUUGGACUCUAAGUUUACCAGUUGUAGUAAUUGUGCAUGGAAAUCAAGAACCUCAUGCAUGGGCUACAGUUACAUGGGAUAAUGCAUUUGCUGAACCAGGAAGGGUACCAUUUGCAGUACCUGAUAAAGUUCCGUGGGGUCAAGUAGCUGAAGCAUUAAAUGUUAAAUUUAGAUCUGCAACAGGUCGUUUAUUAACGGAAGAUAAUUUGCGAUUUCUUGCGGAAAAAGCAUUUCGUAGUGGAAAUGCAAGUGGACAAGACUAUUCUAGUUUACUUUUGAGUUGGGCACAGUUUUGCAAAGAACCAUUAUCAGAAAGAAAUUUUACAUUUUGGGAAUGGUUUUAUGCUGUGAUGAAAUUAACUAGAGAGCAUUUAAGAGGUCCAUGGAUUGAUGGUUAUAUACUAGGGUUCGUAAGAAAGAAGCAAGCAGAAGAAAUGUUAGCAAGUUGUGCAUCAGGAACUUUCCUAAUGCGUUUUUCAGAUUCUGAACUUGGUGGUGUUACUAUCGCUUGGGUUGGAGAUCAGACAGAAGUUUUUAUGUUACAACCUUUCACAAGCAAAGAUUUCGCAAUUCGUAGUUUAGCAGACCGGGUAUUCGAUUUACAACACCUACUUUAUCUUUAUCCAGACUUAUCAAAAGAUCAAGCAUUUUCUAAAUAUUACACGCCAUUUACAGAAAAUCAAACUACAUCGACGAAUGGAUAUGUGAAACCGUUGUUGGUAACGCAUGUACCUGGUUGGGGUGGUCCUGGAGUCGGUGGUCAGACACCGUCGCACUCUUCCGUAGUUGGGGUAGGAAGUAGUGGUCAAAGUGGUCCCGGUGGUAGUUAUCCUGCAACACCAUCCACAAUGUUUCAAGCGCACAGUCCUGAUCCAUCUGUAACACGUGAUACUCCAUCAGUGGCUUCCAGCUAUGCUCCGGGCCUUGGCCAGUCAAGCGUUGGGCGAACAAAUCCGGACAUGGACUAUGUGGAGCUGAUGAGUCAUGGUGAGCUGCCCUCGAUCGACGAAAAUCUCAACUUGGAUCACUUUAGCUUCUCCGAGUUCAUACAAUCAUACACUAAACCACAAUAGGUAUGUCAGGCGCGAUAUAUUUCCUGUAUCAAUGUAUCGAUUAUGCGCCCCCCUUUCUCAUCUUGAUCAUCUUUUUAAUUGUACAUCAUUUAACGGAUAUAAUCCGUCGUUGUUGUUGUUUUAUAGGGGAGGGAUGUAAAAAUGUUUUUACGGUUUUCAGUAUAUUAUCUUGUUUAGCUAUUAAUUGGGUUACCAUUGACUCUAAGAAAA